AUCGUUUGAAAUAUCGCUGUCGAAGUGGUAAAAUCUAUAUCCUCCAAAGUUUAAAUCUUAUCUCAAUGAAGUACAUAUUUGGAAGCUGUUUGAGCGAGAUAUGAAAUUAGUGAUGGAGAUAUAGCUGUCACAAUGACUACGUGUGGGUUUGGGAUACAUCUGCUUAGGCCUUAGAAGCUUGCUUCUACGUGCGUUUGUAACAGUGAUGUGUGCAAAGAAUACUUGCUCUCGCCGUGAAGGAAAACUUAGCACUCAGUACAAAGUUUUAUAUCAAGUAAAUAUUCGUCCUACGACAUAGUGGGUUCUUGCAGGGUCACAAUAUAUAAUGGUUGUCAUUAAACAGUUAGUUUACAAAAGACAUAUUUUCUAAUCCGGAAAUUGUGAAUAUAUCAAUGGUAUAGAUUAACAAAAACAAAGUUCGAUGUGUCGCGGUACUUUCACCUGCGCGAGCGAAAAUUCUGCUUACUGCUAGUGAAGCAAGGCAACGCGCGCGCACCGGACGUAUCGCAUCGUAUAUUAUGUCGUUCGCUAUGAUUGCGCCCCAAGCAUGAGCGACGAACGCUCCUCCACCGACAACGUCCCCGGCGGGACGCCUAACUUUCCGACCGUGUCCAGUCUCAAGUCGGAGGACUCUACCGAGCAGCUGAUCUGUAAGACUCCGCAGAAGAGCACCGUCAAGAGAGGUGUCAGUGUCAGUUCCAAGAGUGUGGAAGCGGGAAGUGACGAGGGGAACGGGUCGCGGCGACUAAUCGUGGCACUAGGAGUGGCACAAGUGGGUUUAGGGGUGCUUCUCGUUGGAAGCGGCGCCCUCGCGGUUGUGAAGGGCGCGGCGCUGUCCCGGGUCGGAGCCGGCCUUUGGGCGGGCGGACUAGCCGUGGUAGCUGGCGUGGUCGGCGUCAUCGCAGGCCUUAACGACUGCUACACGCUCAACGGAUCUACUUCAGGGGGACUACUGACUGCGUUUCUGGCGUUAUCCUUGCUUUGCCUAGCGUGUGGUAACAGCGCUGCUGUGCUGGCGGCGGCAGGCCUACGAAGAGACUCGCUUCGUGACCCCGAUCCACUUGACACCUUCCAAGAUGAAAUGCAAGCCUGGACGCCUGUCUUGACAAAUAUAGCACUUCUAAUCAUCGCGUCACUUCACUGUCUGGUGUGUGUCAUUUCCAUCUACUACCUGUCGAAGCGCGUCUGCUCGUGCUUCCGCCCCAAACAGCCCUUUGACCACAACCAAUUCUCAGUGGAUUACAAGACUCCUUGCGUAUUUCAUGUCGACGAGAUGAAGAAGGCUCAGGAUCAGGAACGACAGCGCGGUCAUGAGCUCUGCAAAGAGUUGGAGGCGAAAUUAAAGAGCGACGCACCAAAGAGGAAGAAGGAAGAGUGUGAGUUCGGCAGUGCGAACAGUAAGGAGCACCUGGUCAAUCGUUGGCUGGGUCGUCACGGGGGCGCUGCAGGCCGGCCGCCACCACGCCACGGUGUACGCAAGGCUAGGAAGCCUCCCACGGGUCCUGUAGUGCUCGUACCGGCCCAUCCGGCCAGCACGCUUGGUCGAAUGCCCGUGGGCGUGGUAGUGCCUCCCCGACCCUACGCCACGCUGCCCCUGCCUCCGGCGCAUUACGCGCCGCCCGCCCAGUUGUACUACCCCAUACACGACACGCGCAUCCGCCGUCGUCGGUCUCCCCGUGAGGCUCGCCACGAGCGGCGGCGGCGAGAGGCUCGCGAGCGCGAUUCGCUCACUCGCUCGCUCGAGCGGAUCCACCGCAAAAGGCGUGCGGAUCGGGAGCGGCUGUCCGACGCCGAACUCAAGCGGACGUACACCGGCCUAGACAGAGCAUACGCAGAACAGUUUAUAGCGGUGUGCGACAGCAGCCGGUUGUCGGCCGAACAGCACGACUCACUUGCUUCGACUUCCACCAGCGACUCCAAUAAUAGCCAAGACACACAUUGACCAUCUCCAGCACUUUAUUCAAUGUCACUUUUAUCGUUAAAAUAUCUAUUAGAAACAACUCGUAGAUAAAGGGAAAAGCUAAUUUGAAAUGAAGAAAUUUUUUUUAAGUAAGAAUUUAUUUUGUAAAUUGAGAUUAUUAGAGACAAAUACUCAGUAGUUAAUUGUAUAGUAUAUUGUGUUAAUGAUAAAACUGUCACCGAAGUGAUGUUUUACGAAGCCUUCAGUAAAUGAAUUAGAUAUGUUGUUAGUUCUCCGACACUGACUGCACCGGACUAACAUUACUCGCUUAGAUUCGUUAACAUGCUCCAAAUAUUGACUACAUACUUAUGUAAUCUUAUCUUUACUAACCUGACUACUAAUAAAAAACUCUCGUCAAAUAUCUGUGUUAACGUGUUCUGUUAAGUUUCGAUUAAGCUUUAAGAAUUUAUCUAGUUUUUUACGUAUUGUAAAUAUUUUAUAAGUGAACUGUAACGUAAAAUUUAAAGUUUUAGUUGUAUAAAAGUGGAUAAGAUUUCUACUUUAAUAUUAUUCAUUUUAGUAAAUAGCGUUUUGCUCAAGUUAAAUCUAGCUUUUCGAUUUAAUAUCGAUCAAAUUGUAACCUAAAGUUUUUUUAAUAAAUAAAUAAAUAUUUUUAACUCUUAUAUUUAGUUACCGAUAAAAGCUAAUAUAUCCUGUAAAUAAUUGAUAAACGAAUGUUAUAUAUACAAAAUGUAUACAAAUUAAUCAUCGCUCCUAGUCGCUCGAUUGGCAAAGUUAACUUUUAGAGGCAAGGAUUUAUUUAUAAUCAAAAGUUGUACAUUUACAUAAACAUGUGUUAAUUUUUUGUUGUUAUAUAAGAUGUAAGAUGUAUUAAUAAGAACAGUAUGAAUAAAUAGUUUCUUUUUGUA